AAGCGCCGGGCGCUGGGCCUUCAGAGAGCGCGGGGCCUGCCAGCGUGCCAGCUCUACCAGCUCCCGCUCUGCCAGUCCGGCCCGACUCUCCGCGGCGGGGCCUCCUGGACUUCCCGCAGGGACUUCCGCCUCCCACCUGCGCCCCCUGCCCGCCCGGCUGCUGCUCCCCGGCUGCUGCUCCCCGGCUGAGCCUAGAGGUUGGCCUAGACGAGAGGGACCAUGGCUGACGUUAUCCAGGCCGACUCCAGGGCGUCUGCGUCCCAGGCCCCGACCGCCGCCAGCAGCCUCGCCCGCCGAGGGACUCUGAAGAAGGUGCACGAGGUGAAGGGCCACACAUUCGCCGCUCAGUUGUUCAAGCAGCCCACCUUCUGCAGCCACUGCGCUGGCUUCAUCUGGGGGCUGGGAAAACAAGGCUACCAGUGCCAGCUUUGCCGCUUUGUGGUUCACAAGAGGUGCCACGAGCUUGUUGCUCUUCCUUGUCGGGGCGCAGGCCAGGGGCCCGACACCGAUGACCCCAAGAACAAGCACAAGUUUAAAGUCCACAGCUACCGAAGGCCCACCUUCUGCCAGCACUGUGGGUCGUUGCAGUACGGCCUGAUCCGUCAGGGGAUGAGAUGUGAGGCCUGCUCUAUGAAUGUGCACAGGCGGUGUGAGACGAAGGUCCCCGGCCUCUGUGGGGUGGACCACACUAAGAAGAGGAGCAGCUCCACAGAAGCUGAGGUCACCGGUGAGAAGCUCAGUGUCACAGGUAUCCACGCUGAAAGUGGCAUGGCCUUCUCUUUCUCCUGCUUCAGAUGAUCUCAAGCCCCUGGAUCCUUUCCCGGGGCCUCAGUCGUCCCUCCACUUUGACCUGAGUGACUCCUUGCCAUUCUUAAGAUGGACUUUGAGUGCCUGCAUCUCUGGGAAGGGGAGAAACAAAUGAUUUCUGGAGCUUCUUUCAAGAUUCUCCCAUGAGUCCCCCGGACGUGUGGCUCAAUUGGUUGAGUGUUGUCUCAUGCAUCAAGAGGUCGUUUGAUUCCCAGUCUGGGCACAUGCCUGGGUUGUGGACUUGAUCCCCCGUCGGAGGACCAUUGAUGUUUCUCUCCCUCUCCCCCUUCCUCUCUCUCUCAAAUCAAUUUAAAAAAAAAAAAAAGAUUACCCCAUGAGCAUAUAGGGACAUGGACACCGACUGAGUAGAUCAUUCUUGGGCAGGAUUUUAAUUGCUUCUAAUUAUAGGAUUAUCAUUUAGGCACUAGAUUAAUUACCUUGAAAUUACUGCAAAGAACUUGAUCUUCUUCUAGAAAGUAAGUGCAUUAGCCAAGUGAGGAAUCUCUUAGAAGCUUGCAAAUGAUUUUUUAAUCACUAAUGUGGAAACUUUCUUUUAACUCUUUGAUGGGGGAGAUGUUAAGGGGAUCCAGAUGGAAGUGGAAACAAAGAGCAGAUCAAUGCCCCUUUUGUUUCCCCACCAAAAGGUUGGAAAACUUGAGCAUUCAUGUUUGGGAAUCACUUGGUGCCCCAAUGGAAAAUGUCCCCAAAUAGCUCUGGCUGGUGUGGCUCAAUUGAUAGGGCUUCCUCCUGUGCAUGUUGCCAGUUCAGUUCCCAGUGCGGCCUGGGGUUGUGGUCUAGAUCCCCAGUGAUUGUUUUGCUUUCAAAUUGAUGUUUCUCUCUCCCUUUCCGUUCUUCUCUCUAAAAAAAAAAAAAUUUUAAAGAAAAAAAAAUGUUGCCAAAUAAAGGCAAAAAUGUCGCCUUUGAAAUUAAAAAAAGAAAAAAGCUACUUUCCUCUCACUCUGAGGCUUGUCUUCUCAGUCUCUUCAGUCUCUUGAUUUUCUUUUGAGCAUAUGGAAAGAGAAUUCUAUAAAAUUAUACAAAAUAAAUAAUGGCAAAUUGAAUAAUGUAAUAGAGAAAAUACCCAUUUGUAAUAAAGGUGAAAUAGAAAACAAGAUACAUUGUCUUAGGGUUUAAUUGCUGUACUUUGAAGACUCAAAUAUAAUUUUAAAAAC